AUGAAGGAUUUGGCAUUCAUAAUUCGUCUCGCCGCUCUGUGCAACUGCUGUCGGGCUCUAAAAGCAGAUAUACGGGCAGACAGCAACCGAGACGGUGGCAUUGAUAUACACGGCUGGUCAGACUACGACCAUAAGUUAGAAUGGUCCAAUACCGCCGGAGCAGUUUUCUUGGCCAAUAUUGGUGAUACGGAUCGUCGUUGUUCUCGCGCUGCGCAGCAGUGGCCUCCCUUAUCUGAUGAAGCUCUGGCCGCCUGCAAUGAUGCGUCCGAUGAUAUCCAACGGUCGCCUCAAUAUAUGGCCCCACUCAAGACUCUUCCCUUGAAAGGGCUAAGCCCACAAGCAUACGCUACCAUCAGAGUCAAUGAAGAGAUUGCUCGGAAGAACGUGCGCAUCUUUCGACGUGAUGGAUGGAACUGGCUGUUCACGACAAAUGACUACAGAUUCUCCCAGAAACAGCUGGAGCAAGGUCUGGAGCUUGGCAUAGAUGCUCGAGAUACACGUCGGCCUGGAGGGUGGGAUGGACGAGUUGAAGUGCAUUUCCAUGUACAGAACGAAACAGAUUCAUCGGACGAUUACGUGCGUCUUCGGGUCGCGCCCGUUAUUACAUACAACCAUCUUCAGGCUGUAAAAGAAUUCCUUACGUUAUCUGGCAAGGACAGAGAGCACGUGCCUUAUCAGGAGCAGUUUGUCUCAGGCUUUAGAAAAGCACUGCAGGAUACCGGCGUUGACAGGCCCCUUUACCUCUUCAAUGGUUCGGACCCAUGGAUACAAGACAUCCUGGAGCCUGCCUAUACAAGCAUGCCCGGCCCCGAAGGUCGGCCAGUUACUUUGGAAGUUAUGAUUCGCUCGUCUCAGGGAUCCCGAGUUGCAGGGCGGCAAGUGUUCGAAUAUCUGAGGGGUACGGGUAGAGGUGCUGUCUACAGUACGGGCGGGACCAGAGACGAAGUUGAUUCAAUGGGUAACCUGGAGACUAUUCCCCCUUACGGAGACUACCCGGCCGGCCGUAUCAUUGAGGGACAUCAUGGGAAGCUUAAGCCGCAUAUCUAUCAGUACAUGCGAGCUCAGGAGAUCCAAGAUCCCCUUAUACUAGACGCCGACUGGCUUGGGGUGGGUCAUGUGGACGAAUUCGUACAAUUUCUACCAUAUAAGAACAACCUCCGUGGAUGGGUACUGUUUAUUGCAGACCCAAUAGGUGGGAUUAAGAUACUUGAGGACGCUGCAAAGAAUGGGUAUGGGGACACUAAAGCAUUUUCUCGAUCCAACGCGACCCCCCCUCCGCCAGAGCCACCAGACCCUUAUGUACCCGGAUAUACAAUCAAGGAACUUCUAACUAAACCAAAAUUCAUCAAAGAUAACUACCGGUUUGCCGACCAUAUUACGGAGGUUCUAAAAGUUCUGCAGAAGGAAACCGGGCUACGCAAUCAGGAUAUUUAUAGAGUGCCCAGCGUUUUUGAAACGGGAGUGUGCUGGGGCUAUGAUGAAGGCCAUGCAGCGGCACUAUAUCCAGGGGUCAUCAACGGCCUCGUCCUCAGCGACUCUCAAUACCUAUCUCCGAAUCCAUGGGGCCCAUUAAUCAACAAAAUAGAUAUCAUGGCCGAGGCAACGAGACAGGUUUAUGGAAAGGUCGGUUACAAUGUCACUUUUAUCGACAAUUGGUACUCGCAUCACAGGGAUGGCGGCGAGGUCCACUGCGGCUCAAAUUCUAUUCGUGUCGCAACGAAGCCAUGGUGGAAGAAGGGUCUUGCUAGCUUCGUACCUUUUGAGGUUCAGCAGUAG